AUGGCUGCCGGCGACGAGACGUGGCGCCGGGCGACGCUCACGCUCGAGGAGGCCGAGGCCCUCCACGAGCACGAGUACCCGAUGCCGCCCGAUUGCCAGCUGCUGGCGCAAUGGAAGCUCAGCAUCGCCGGCAUCCCGACGACACCGGGUGGAAUCGCGCCACCGGGGCCAAGUGGGCAGCGUUCUUCGCCGACCGCCACGCCGUCAAGAUCGCCCGGUACGAGGGCCAAGGCCAGCGCCCAUCGCCGGGUCGAUUCAACAUCGACGGCCGGUGGCGGUUCUGGAGCGGGCGCACCAUGGCGGCGGUGCUCGCGUACAUCGCCGCCUGCGAUCACCCCCGCCUGGAGACGCCCCCACCACCCCCACCGGCACCGGCGGGAAAGCACCGAUACGGCGGCUCCGGCGCCUCCCGCUCCCCCGCUCCGGCUCUUUCCGCAGCGCCUCCUCGCCGGCGCUGCGUAUCAAGGAGGAGCCGGGGGUGUCUUCUUCCCGCCUAGUCCGGCCAAAGACGGAGCCACAGUGGGCGCCAGCGCCGGAGUACGAGUGCUCGAAUGGCGCCAGGACGGCGACCCCGAGGAGUUCCCGGGGCUGCGGGCGGUGCAGCACGCCAAGGAGGUGUUGGCGUGGAGCGCCAAGGAGGCGGAGAGGGAGGCCGCCGAGAAGAAGGCGGGGAAGAGGCCGGAGGUGAAGACGGAGCCGAUCGAAAUCGACUCCGACGACUCCGGCGAGGCGUACCUCGCCUACUUCAGCGACCUCGACGACUAG